AUGGCGAGAGCUUUCCCAGGACCCUUCUUCAUACUCCUCCUCGGCUGUGCUGUGUGUGGCCUCGGCUCAGUGAUAAAGAAAAAGUUCCACUUCAACCAGACUCCUCUGUCCUGGCUGGAUGCCCAGAAACACUGCAGAAGGUUUUACAGCCAUGAUUGUGAAAGGCCAUACUUCUUCCUCUGUGAUGACACCAAGUUUCCGAGCUUUCAUGAGAGGGUCUAUUUUGUUUAUCCGGUGAAGACAUGGCUCAAGGCCCAGGAAUACUGCAGGACUUACUACACAGAUUUAGUCACUUUCAGAGAUUAUGACACAAAAAACUUCUCCCUCAGUCUGAGAAACUUCCAAGUCUGGAUUGGACUGCACAGAGAUACAGAUGGUGAGACAUGGGAGUGGAGCACAGGGAUGUCAGACUACAGGAACUGGCAAUAUGAGGGAAAUUAUGACUGUGUCUCCAUCUCCUCUAUGAACAAAACGAUGGCCACCCAAGACUGCUCCACUUUGCUUCCCUUCAUCUGUUACAGUGAUAACCUGCUCCUGGUGAAGGAGAACAAGACAUGGUUGGAGGCCUUGGAACAUUGCAGGGCCAUAGAGGCCCUGGAUCCCAACAAUCCCCUUCUGUACCGCAACUACCGCUAUGACUUGGUCAGCAUGAACUCUGAAGGUGACCACCUCUACAUGUGGGGCAGAAUCAAGGAUGCAACCACAGACCAGGUAUGGACGGGCCUGUGCUUCCUGGCUGGCCAGUGGAGGUGGGUGAACGGGGUGCAGGGAUUGUAUCAGGAGGCACCGCCCUGCCCCGCUCAGGACCAGCGGUGUGGAGCGCUGUCUAAACACAACAGUACAGCCUUGGAAACAAGGAACUGCACUGAGAAAAGGAACUUCCUCUGCUACAAGAAAUGACCAGCAACCAAUUUAAACACCAAGGUAUAAUCGAACAUGGACUCAUAAUAUUAAGACACAUACCGUAUUUACCGGACUACA